GAAAGCCGAAGCCCUUGGAAGCGUUACCUAUUAUUAUUCUUGUCCAAAAUUUCCCCAUUGCACUCUCCCUCUCUCUGCACCCUUCCCAAUCAAAUCAAAUCAAACCAAACAAACGAGAGAAGGGAGAAGAAUAACCAAUGGCUUCUCCGGCGACACUUCCGAUCUCAAGUCCUCAAUCAACGGCGGCUUCCGGUGCCCAAUCUCAGCCCCCUAUUGCCACUCCCGCAUUUCGCUCCUUCAUCUCCCGCCUCUCAUCUUCGAUCCGUCAGGGUUUCGCUCAACGCCGCCCUUGGUAUGAACUUCUCGAUCGCACAUCCUUCGCCCGCCCUGACUCCGUCGCUGAGGCUGCCUCGCGUGUCCGCAAGAACUUCUCCUACUUCCGCGUGAAUUAUAUUUCCUUACUCGCAGGCGUACUCGCUCUUUCCCUUCUCUCUCAUCCUUUCUCUCUCCUCGUCCUCCUCGCUCUCCUCGGUGGCUGGUUUUUCCUGUACCUGUUUAGACCCUCAGAUCAGCCUGUUGUUAUCCUUGGCCGCACUUUCUCUGACCGAGAAACGCUGGGGAUCUUAGUAGUGUCCACUAUUGUUGUGGUGUUCCUCACCAGUGUUGGAUCGCUGCUCAUAUCUGCACUCCUUGUUGGACUGGCUAUUGUUUGUGCUCAUGGAGCUUUUAGGGUUCCGGAGGAUUUGUUCCUUGAUGAUCAAGAGCCGGGCAACGUUGGAUUCCUUUCGUUCCUCGGCGGUGCUGCCUCCUCUGCCGCGGCUGCCGCUGCUCCGGCUGUUGCUGCUCGUGUCUAGUCGGAUCACGUUUGGUGACACGAUUAUGAGACGAAGGAGAUGAGCGAGGAAAUACUUGGACUUCGGGGUGCAGCAUGAUGCCAAAGCUUAAUGGUUGAGAACCAAGAGCUGGAUAGGGACUCCCUCUCUGUGGUUCAGUAUAGGGGGCCAAAGCACCAAGGGUAUUACCAUGAAUGCUCUCUAAAUAAAAUUCAAUGUUCUAAAUAACUACUAGUUUUUUCAUACAAACACCUCCAAAACAUGAGACAUAGUCUGAACUUAUAUAAAUGAUGGAUUCAACACUAGAUAACAUACUUUGUCUCUUGUAGUAACGUCUACUUUUAAAUGGAUCUGCUAUGUGCUCCUUAGUAAAGCUAUGCUAUAGCUUGUCAGAAUGGGGGAAAGAGAAAGAACAAGAGGUGCAUUAUGUGCCUAUUGGGGCAUCUAAUUUGAUAGGCUUGUACUUAGAAUAUGAAUAACUUCAUGUUGACAUUCUUAUAUACAUGGAAGACUUAUUUUUGGUAUA